GUGUUAUGUAUGAUUUUGCUGCUGAGCCUGGAAACAAUGAGCUGACCGUCAGUGAAGGGGAGAUCAUCGUAAUUACCAACCCGGAUGUCGGUGGAGGCUGGUUAGAAGGAAAAAACAGCCAAGGCGAGAGAGGCCUUGUUCCAACAGAUUAUGUUGAAAUUAUUACCGAAGGUGCAAAAGAUGGAAUUAGCUGUGGUAACUCAUUAGCUGACCAAGCCUUUUUUGAUUCCCUUUCUUCAAAUACAGCUCAGACCAACUCUGCCGCAAAAAGCGGUAAUCAGGCGAACAAUGCCAGUGAUCCUUGGUCCAGCUGGAACGUUGGGAAGUCUGGGAACUGGGAUAAUGGAAACACUGUUGACAGCUGGGUGACGAAACCUGAAAGUGCAGCUGGCCAGAGAAACAGUGCUUCAAAUAACUGGGAGACAGCCACAGCAUUUGGUCAUCCACAGGCAUAUCAAGGACCAGCUGCUGCUGAUGACGAUGAUUGGGAUGAUGACUGGGAUGACCCAAAAUCAACUUCACCGUCUUACCUUGGUUACAAAGAGACUGAGGCAUCCGAGGCUGGGGGGGUCCAGCGUGGAAAUUCUCGUGCAGCUGCUAUGAAGUUACCACUUAACAAAUUUCCUGGAUUUGCAAAACCUGGGAUGGAACAGUAUCUGUUGGCAAAGCAGCUAGCAAAACCCAAAGAGAAAAUUCCCAUAAUUAUUGGUGAUUAUGGCCCAAUGUGGGUUUAUCCUACCUCUACAUUUGACUGUGUCGUGGCAGAUCCCAAAAAAGGUUCUAAAAUGUAUGGUCUCAAGAGCUACAUUGAAUAUCAGUUGACCUGCACUAACACUAAUCGGUCUGUCAACCACAGAUACAAGCACUUUGACUGGUUGUAUGAGCGUCUCCUGGUUAAAUUCGGAUUAGCCAUUCCAAUCCCAUCUCUUCCAGACAAGCAAGUAACAGGACGCUUUGAAGAAGAAUUUAUCAAAAUGCGUAUGGAGAGACUGCAAGCUUGGAUGACGAGGAUGUGCCGCCAUCCUGUUGUCUCAGAAAGUGAAGUCUUCCAGCAGUUUCUCAAUUUCCGAGAUGAGAAGGAGUGGAAAACUGGAAAGCGGAAGGCAGAAAAAGAUGAAACAGUAGGAGUCCUGAUCUUUUCUACCAUGGAACCGGAAGCUCCUGACUUGGACAUGGUAGAAAUAGAACAGAAAUGUGAUGCAGUGGGUAGGUUCACCAAAGCAAUGGAUGAUGGAGUUAAAGAGCUGCUGACAGUGGGACAAGAGCACUGGAAGAGGUGUACAGGACCACUACCUAAGGAAUACCAGAAGAUAGGAAAAGCAUUGCAGAGCCUGGCACUGGUCUUCAGCACAAGUGGAUACCAAGGAGAGUCUGAUCUCAAUGGAGCAAUAACAGAAGCAGGAAAAACCUAUGAAGAAAUCGCCAGUCUUGUAGCAGAUCAGCCGAAGAAAGAUCUUCACUUUUUGAUGGAAACAAAUCAUGAAUAUAAGGGAUUUCUUGGUUGCUUCCCUGACAUCAUAGGAGCUCAUAAGGGAGCAAUAGAAAGAGUGAAGGAAAGUGAUAAAUUAGUUGCAACCAGUAAAAUAACACCACAAGACAAACAGAACAUGGUGAAACGUGUGAGCACCAUGGCUUAUGCACUACAAGCUGAGAUGAAUCACUUCCACAGUAACCGGAUUUAUGACUACAACAGUGUCAUUCGUCUGUAUCUGGAGCAGCAGGCACAGUUUUAUGAAACGAUUGCACAGAAGCUGAGGCAGGCACUCAGCCGCUUUCCUGUGAUGUAGAGAAUAAUAUUCAACAAUAAAGAACAACUCCGAAGUGCUUUUCUGAUUUGGGGGCAAUGCUAAUAAAAACUUGUUAGCCUUUGCCAGCCAAAAAAAAUCCACCAAAAAAACCCCAACAACAGAAAUCAGUUGUAGAAAAAAAGAAUUAUUUAAAAUUUUAC